UCCUGUUUAGCAAGUUUAAAUCCCGUUUCCUGCAAGGUCAUUCGAAUUUUUUAUCUUUAUAGACUUUGUACGUGUGGUGCGAAGCAAGACGCAGUUCCGGUGAAAUUGCCAGUUGUGAUUUAGGUCAUGAUGAGUGUUUAGAAUACAAAGAAAGUGCAAGAACUUCUGUCAAAUUCAAAGCGUAACAAACUUUCGUGCUGUCAUAACCUAACUUUUGGUGAUUUUGCAAAUAAUUUUGUCAAGGGGACAAUUUCGGACUUGCAAUACGGGAAAAUGUGGUGGUUGUGGAAAAGUACAAAUAAUUUACCUGAAGCCACGGGGCCAUUUACGCCCGGUUGCAUGGACGUCAUGCUCGAGUAUAGCCAGAAUGGCAUUUUCAUGCGUCUCUACUACCCCACAAACGAAGCUAAGAAGGACCCUAGAAAUUUCCACCGUUUUGUCCCUUGGAUCCCCUCUGCGAGUUAUUUUCUCGGCCUUUCAAAGGUCUUAAUGAUCUUCCCGUUCAUAAUCCGAUUCGUGUAUUGGUGGUGUCACACAAACAUCGUCCCCGCCUUGUACGGAAGUCGCCCAAAAACCGACCAAAAACUAAAAUGUGUUGUUUUAUCCCACGGAUUAGGAGGUUACAGGUCAUUGUACAGCAAUACAUGCUGUGAAUUAGCCUCGAGAGGCUUCCUAGUGGCAGCAUUGGAACACAGAGACGGCUCCUCUUGCUACACUUAUUAUUACAAAUCGAAGGAGGAUGCCCGAAAUCAAGUCACCACUGACAUCGAAUAUGAGCCUUUUAUCUUGGGAAAAACGCACCACAAGCAGAGGAAACGCCAAGUGGAGUAUCGUGCCAAGGAGUGUGGGCAAGUCCUCGACUUCCUCAUUGAUUUGAACAAUGGGAAAGUGCCCCAUAAUGUGGUGUGUGAUGUCCCCUCACGGCGGGAGAUCGAUUUCGAUUUGGGAGAUUUUGUCGGGAAACUGGACUUGGAGACGAUUACAAUGGCGGGACACUCGUUCGGUGGAGCUACGGCCCUUUUGGCUUUGCACCAAAGAAGGGAGUUUAAGCAAGGGGUCCUACUGGACCCCUGGAUGUACCCCAUCAAAGACGAUGGGUUGGAGGCCAAAAUCACCCAACCCUUGGUUUUUAUCAACACACAGACUUUCCACAUCAUGAGCAAUGUCAGUUCCAUGGCGAAAUUUUUGACAAGCGACGACCGUACAAUGUUCACAAUCUUGCAUACCACUCAUGAAAAUCAGACCGAUUCGGCCCUAGUGGUCGGCUAUUGGCUCAACUGGUUCAUGAAGAAGUUGGAGCCGGUGGUUGCACUCAAAAUUAACAAUAGUCUCAUUCUCGUAUUUUUAGAUAAGUUGGUCAAAUGUCUUAGUGACGUCACUGAUUGUCGGGAAUUUCUCAAGGAGCAAGAAUCUAAUCUAGAACAGGGUCUUACACGACCUUGGAUUUAAAUAAUUUUUUGUUAUUUUAUUGGUUAAUAAAACACUUGUUGAUUGAUUUAUUGA